AUGGGAAAUCUACAGCAGGAUACCAAUGCCGGCCAUCAGGCCACGAACAGCUUCGACGUACCUCCACCAUACACAUCCCCAACCAGUCCAACGCAAUCCAAUCGGUUCUCUCUCUUCAAAACUCUGAAAUCCGGCUUUCGUUCGAAACCUGAUCCCCUAGUCUCAGCAUUAUGCCAUGCGGCUAUGCGUGGCGAUGAACAACAGGUUUCGGGUCUCAUCUCACAGGGCGCCAACGUCCACGGCCGCAAUGAGGAUGGCAACACACCUAUCAAGUGCGCCAUUCUACAUGACCAAGCGGGAACUAGUCGCCUACUUCUUUCCAUGGGAGCAACUACAAAUAAGUUACCUCCUCUCUUCAAAGCUACGGCCGUGGGAAGUUUGAAUGUCAGUAAAAUGCUGCUUGACUCUGGUGAGGACGUAAAUGAAGCGUCUAAAUCUGGUGAGCCGUAUUUUAUUGAGGUUGUAAAUAAGGGGAACGUGGCAGGUGUGAGGUUCCUCCUCGAGAACGGUGCAAGCCCGGAUGCAUCUACAGUGGCCGGUGGGAGUGUUCUCGCACAGGCCGUCAAAAAGGACCAAGUUGACAUUGUUUAUGCAUUGCUCGAACAUGGCGCAGAUGUAAACAGUCACGAUGUCCAUGGAAAUUCGGUUCUCAACAUUGCUAUCCAGACCGGAAAUGCGAAACUAGUGAAGCUACUUCUAGAAAGGGGUGCCCAAACCAACCCAGCCACUAUCCUUUGCACGACGAUCCUCGAGUACACCAUCAACAAAAAGCGCUUGGAUAUUCUCAGACAGCUUGUAGCUGCCGGUGUUGACCUCGGACUUACAGAUGCACAAAACCAGCCCGUCCUCAUUAAAGUUAUCAGGAACCCUCUUCUAAAGAAGGAUGACAAGCUGGAAGUUCUGCGAAUGCUCAUGGAUAACGGCGCUGACCAUGAUGCCACGGAUAUAACGUUCGGUCUGCCUGCGAUCUGCCAUGCCGUAGAAACAGCCAGUCCGGAAGUCGUCGAAGAACUACUCAUCCGCGGUGCAGAGACCAAGGUACGCAUGUUGGGAGGCCAAACUAUGAUAACAUACUCGAUUGACGUCAACCAUCGCAAUCACGUUAAAAGUCUCUUAUCUCACGGUGUUGAUGUCAACGAAGUAGACGGCUUGAACAGAACGCCGUUGAUGCUGGCAAUUUUGAGGCUUGACUUCAACAUGGCCAAGUUGUUCGUUGAUCAUGGAGCUGAUCCGAUGGCGGAUGUGAACGAGAGUGCGAUCAAGUUUAUCAAGGCUUUGAAAAGAAGAGACUUUCUCGAGAUACUUGGUCUCACGGGAGAGCCGCGAAUACCGCAUGCCAGGAAUUCACCCGCAGGUCCUUCUACAACUGAAGUUCAUGCACCUGAUGUUCCACCACCAUCUUACGAGGUCGCUGCUGGGAAGGCUUGA